UCAUCCAGAACUUUGGAAAUAUACGAAGGAACUGAGGAAUCCUGGCGGAGGAGCGUGAGUGUUUCUUCAUUGUUUGAGUGUUGCCUAUCAUGAUUCAUCAGGCUUGUAGAAAUUUUCUUAAGCUACGAGCAGGCGAGCGGAACCAGAAACGGCAGGAUGUACAAGAGAAAGGGGAGAAGAACGACAAAUACAUGGGCUUUAACAGAGAAAUAAGCCGAUCUCCGAGAUCUUCAGUAGGCCCAAUCGCUGGGCCGUCGUCGCCCAGGGAAAAGAUAGGAAAAUCGCCGAGUGGGUCCUUGAGCAAAAUCAAGAACAUGCCAAUUGCAGGUUCCAAAAUUGAAUCACUAAUGGCAUCAAGAUCGAAUAGGCCUGAAUCAGAUCGCGUUAAGGUCUAUGGACGUGAACUUGCCCGUAGAUUCGUGUCAAUACCGGAAACCCGCGAUUCAAAUAGUAAACAGAGAGUGCAUGACUACUGUAAGCUCUUUCAGGAUGCGGGCAUUGAUCUUCAGCAACUCCAGCAACUAGAAAGUGGAAGAGACAAUAAAUGUCUGAUCCCCUUGAAUAGCCCGUCUACCCAGUUAGGCAAGGGAGUGAAGAGAAUUGGACUGUCGAGCUCAAAAUUUCUUCCAGAUGCAAUUCAAGAUUGUAUGGGACCAGAACAAAUGCAGAAUGCGAGGGAAACAAGAUUCCAACGAAACAAAGAAGGAUUCUGUAACACAUCGGCAAUAAAGAAAGUAAAUGUGGUCGCUUCGAACUCCGCUCUUGUCGAGUCCAAUACCAAGAAAGUCCGGUCGCGUUUAUCACAGAAGUCCAAGGGAUCACAGGAAUCCAAGUUCAGCCAGCAACUCCACACACCUGGGACUUCAUCGUACUCUUCUUAUUCAUCUUCCUCUCCUUUAAAACCUUCAAGUCCUCAGUCUGUAUUACUUACAGAUUGGUCAUCCAGUGAUUGCGGAAGUCCAUAUGCCCGUCAUGUUGAGAGGAAAGAAAAAGACAUAGAGAAGAAAAACGGUCCUCCGUCAUCACCUACUCCAGCUCAACGACAAAGGUUAUCUUCUGCUCGUCGUACUGCACUCUCUUCCUCAGGUCUUUCGGUCAGUGAUAGUGCUCACAAACGUUCAUCUACACCUCUUCCUCCUCCUCCUGCACAACAGCCUAAGGUGCAUCUUGCGCCGAGCACUGCACCUUCUUCAUUUACACCAGAUGACAAUUUGGUGGAGAUGCCCUCUUUCGAUCUCAAUUUCACUCAAUCUGUCAAAGAUGAACGUGUAUCGCCCAUCCAGGUACCAAAACCAACAUCUGUUCCUCGCCUUCCUCGAAUACCUCCAGCCUUGCCCCCUUUGGGCCCCGGGCACUUACAGAGUGGGGAUACUUCUUUUGUGCAGCAAGUAAUCCCUGAAUCUUCUCAAUUUCGACCUGCACCUCCUACGCCCGCACAACGUCGCCGACCAGAGCCAAACUCAUAUCAGACUCCUGAAGAAACUCGUCCAUUUAGUAUGUCCAAUCCUGCUGGUGUCAAAUCUUUCAUUCCUUCGUCAUCAAUCCUACCGCAUGCUAUUACCAAACUUACUAGUGCAGCGACAGCACCAUCGAACCUCAUGAAUACUAAGUUUCAGCGGAAAAUACCGCCUCCACCUCCACCCCCGAUCAGGGACGGUGAAGGGAGUCCCAAAGUACUUGCCCCUAAUUCAGAUACUUCGGGGACACAGUCACAAUCACAUUUCGGCUCGCAGUCCCAAUCACAAUCGCAGGAGUUUCGAAACUCGUUCUGGCAUCCUCAACCCUUGGGCAAAGUACCCGAUCCUGGGCGUGUAUCCCAAACUGAGUCUGACUCUCAGCCCCUGGAUGUAUACACACAGAAGCCCCUUCUUACAUCUGAGGUUGCUUAUGAAGAAUUUGAUCCUUUCAACGAUGAUCACGAUUCACUAUUUUCUGAACCGGAUGAUGAUGAUAUAAGUCACCAUUCUUCGUCCGAGGCCGAUUCUCAACACUCAAAUCUGGCUCAGAAUGAUUUUUUGCAGUCAUUCGAGGAUCAUCGACGCAACAGUAAUGCGAAAGAUGAUCCUAUCGCCAGCACGUCUUUGAAGGUUCACUGCGGGAAUAGCAUUUCAAAUGACGAAUUGGGUGUGUGUAAUGACCUACUGGGAGUUCAAACUGCUCGGAAACCUGACGUUUCUUCAACUGUUUCUUCAAUUAUAGAAGCGAUUUCCUCAAUCCGUUUUACUCUGCUAUUGGGACGUCCCAGAGAUCGAAAGAGAUACCAGAGACGCUUCAAACUGUCUUCAAACCAGUUGCUCAUGACGCUGAUGCGUGGUCGUUGCCCAGUUUUUUACGUCACAAGAGAACCGAAAACACGAGGGCGAAGGAACUACGACCUGUCAAAACUUUUCACGCAGAGAAGCUGAAAGCCAGAUUGUUUGAAGUCGGCUCUGGUGCUCCUGUCGGAGACCCUCAACCUCGUUACCAGAAACGUUUUUAUGCUGAUCAAGGUGAGACUGGACCCUCGAAGAAGAAACAGAAAAUCGCGUUAGCGAUUUCGCCAGAAAAGGAACGAGAACAAUCCGCGCCGCUACGUAAACUCGACGGUUUCGAUCCUGGA